UCCUCAUUAAGAGUAGAGUUGUGUUCACGUGUGGUUGUGUCUCCUUUUUCCUAAAAAAAAAUAGGUCACACAACCCACCUCCAUUCGUGAAUUAACUCUCCUAUAUUAAAAAAACAUAAAAUACAAAAAAAAACAAAAAAUCCACAACUAAAAAAACCCUCAUCCUCAUCCCCCACCCCAAAAAAAAAAUCUAUAAAAAAUCUUUAAAAAUAAAAAACAAAAAAAUCGUAAAACCGUAGUUUGAAAAUCGCGAAACUUGUGAAGAUAUUAAAAAAAGAUAAAUAAAUAAGCACCUUGAUAUAUCAAGUUGUGUGAAGAAGGGAAAAAUAUAGAUUUUAAAAUAAUAAAAAAAAGAAGAAGCCAAUAAAGGUGUUAACAAGAAGAAGAAGAAGACUACGACGAAGAAGGGAAAGGAAAUAAAACAACACAACGUGUGUGUGACAAUUAUUUGCGUUUUAUUACAAAAAAAAAAAAAAAAAUAUAUAUAUAAAAAUUUAUAAAAAUUGCAAAAGGAAGAAAAAUAAAUUUAUUAAAAUCAAGAAGAAUAACCGAAACCAAGAAAAAUCGGUAAUAAAACAGAUAGCUAAUAAAUAUCCUUGUUGGUUUUGAUACAGCAUACGGAGGAAGGCGAAAAAAUCAUUGAUACCAGCUGCUGUUAGAAGGAAGAAAAGAAAGGUCCGGAAGGAAUUUACAAAGGAAACAACCACACGGGCUAAUAACAAGCCAUAUUGAAGGCGAGAAGUAUCUGUACGGUCGUGAUAAGUAGGAAAGUGAACGAAAAUGAAUCCAGGAGCGCCUAAUUAUCCGAUGGCAUCGCUGUACGUCGGUGAUCUGCACUCGGACAUAACCGAGGCAAUGCUUUUCGAGAAAUUUUCAUCGGCAGGCCCCGUACUUUCGAUACGCGUGUGCAGAGAUAUGAUCACUCGCCGCUCCCUUGGCUACGCGUACGUCAACUUCCAGCAGCCAGCCGACGGUCAGUAUUUCGCGGAACGAGCCUUGGACACGAUGAAUUUUGACAUGAUAAAGGGAAGGCCGAUCCGUAUAAUGUGGUCCCAGCGCGAUCCUUCGUUGAGAAAAUCUGGAGUGGGCAACGUAUUCAUCAAAAACCUGGACAAAAACAUUGACAACAAAGCGAUGUACGACACAUUUUCCGCAUUCGGUAAUAUCUUGAGCUGCAAAGUCGCGCAGGACGAGACGGGCGCCUCAAAAGGUUACGGAUUUGUCCAUUUUGAAACUGAAGAAGCGGCAAACAAAUCGAUCGAUAAAGUCAACGGCAUGUUGCUCAAUGGAAAAAAAGUUUACGUCGGCAAAUUCAUCCCAAGAAAAGAGCGUGAGAAGGAAUUGGGCGAGAAAGCCAAGCUGUUCACGAACGUCUACGUCAAGAACUUUGGCGAGGAUAUGAACGACGAGAAGCUUCGCGAGAUGUUCGAAAAAUACGGUCCAAUAAACAGCCACAAGGUGAUGAGCAAAGACGAUGGCAAAUCGCGAGGCUUCGGCUUUGUUGCUUUCGAGGAUCCCGAAGCAGCCGAGCUGGCUGUCACCGAGUUGAAUGGCAAGGAGAUUCUCGAGGGCAAAUGUUUGUACGUCGGCAGAGCACAGAAGAAGGCAGAGCGUCAGCAGGAGUUGAAGCGCAAGUUCGAGCAGCUCAAAAUAGAGCGACUCAAUCGCUACCAGGGCGUUAAUUUGUAUGUUAAAAACCUUGAUGACACCAUCGACGACGAACGUCUCCGCAAGGAGUUUACACCCUUCGGUACAAUCACUUCUGCCAAGGUUAUGAUGGAGGAGGGACGCAGCAAGGGAUUCGGAUUCGUCUGCUUCUCUUCGCCGGAGGAAGCGACCAAAGCUGUCACUGAAAUGAACGGUCGCAUCGUCGGUACUAAGCCACUCUACGUGGCAUUGGCGCAGCGCAAGGAGGACCGUAAGGCACAUUUGGCUUCUCAGUACAUGCAGCGCAUGGCAAACAUGCGGAUGCAACAGAUGGGCCAGAUCUUCCAGCCCGGCGCAGCCGGCAGCUACUUUGUUCCUACUAUCCCGCAGCCGCAGAGAUUCUACGGCCCUGCUCAGAUGGCCCAAAUACGCGCCACUCCUCGGUGGCCUGCUCAGCCUAACCAAGUCCGACAAAAUGCCCAAACUGGCAAUUCCGGAUUCGCUGCUAUGCAGGGUCCGUUCCGUGCAGCCCCUAGAGCACCGACUGCUCCCGCUGGCGGCAUGCGCAAUGCUCUUUCCGCUAGGCCAAUUACUGGGCAACAAGCAGUCGGCGGAGCCAAUAUGCAGGGUCGCACUAUGCCCGGACCAGCAGUGGGAGUUUCACCUCAGGGUCGCCCUUCGAACUACAAGUACACGGCUAACAUGCGAAACCCUCCACAAGCGAUGGCGAUACCAGCACCAGCUCCGGUUCAGCAAGCGGUUCACAUCCAGGGUCAAGAGCCUCUGACUGCGACAAUGUUGGCGGCAGCUCCACCUCAGGAGCAGAAACAGAUGCUGGGAGAGCGGCUUUUCCCACUGAUUCAAAGAAUGUAUGCCGAUCUUGCCGGCAAGAUAACCGGCAUGCUUUUGGAGAUCGAUAAUUCAGAGCUGCUUCACAUGCUCGAGCAUAACGAGUCACUCAAGGCGAAAGUCGAGGAAGCCGUCGCGGUGCUUCAGGCUCACCAGGCGAAACAGGCAGUUGCCACCAAGAAGGAGUAGAGCUGAUUUUCUUGGUAGCAAAAACUUGAACGAGGAGGAUUAACGGGGCGAGAUUUCUUCUGGUUUUAUUUUUCGUCGCCAUCUUAUCUUUGACGUCAUCCGUUUUUGUCGUUAAUAAUAAAAUACGAUAACGGGGUGGUUAAUUCUCUGUUUUAUAUUACGGAUACGCGGCGAUGACGACUUUGAAAGGGCGCGAAAAUAAUAAAAUCGUAAUAGAAAUCGAACACCAUUUGAAGGAAAGAAAAAAAAUACCCCGUCAUUCUUUUCUACUGUUCUACGCAGAAGAAAUAACAAUAAUCUCUUGUUAUUAUAUUCAAUAUUUUUGACCUUCGUCAUUUUGGCUUGUUAAUUCCUUAUAUAUUUGUAAUUUUUUCUGUUUGUUUUCCUUCAUAUUUUUUUUGUAACAUUACCGAUAUUUCUAUAAUUUCUAUGAUUCACAAUUCAAUACGAUUCACGAUUAUUACGAUUAUUAUUAUUACUAUGAUUAUUAUUGCUAUUACUAUUAUUACUAUUCUUUUUUUCCUCAAAACAACGAAAACAAUAAUAAUAACAACAACGCGACGUCGACGAUUAUUGUUUUUAUUACCAGAUAUUGUCAACAGUUUAUUAUCGCUGUUUAAAUACUACCAACUACACUGAAACUAUUUGUUUCUAUUUGUUCUUUUUGUUCUACGCUUGCUUCUUUUUUUCUGGUAAUUUUUUCCUCUUUGAUCGAUCUCAGUAUAUUAGAGAAUCAUAUAUCGUCUGAAAAACGAAAUAGACGAUACCUAUUUCUGCAACUCGUUGUUUUUAAUUUCCCUCAUUUUGAACACCGAAAAUAUAAUUCAUUAUCUUUUCCUAUAUGUUUUUUUUUUUUUUUUUUUUCAGAGUUUUCUCGUCCGAUUGUUGUCUGCAUUGGCGUCUGUUUCAAUUUAUUUCACUCUAGUUUGUUUUGUGAAUUUUUUUUCUCUUCUCUGUCUUUCUUUUCUAAUACACGCAAUAUACCUAAUAUAACUAUAACUUGAUUGAUAUACGAAAGAAACGAAGCGAAAGAUCGAAAAAUAUUCGGUAUAAAAUAAUUAUUAUACGUGAAUACGUAUUAUCAAAAAACGAAGAGAGAGAGAGAGAGACAGAGGAAAGAAAAGAGAAGAAAAAAAAGGAAACGCGGUGCGAAAAACUUACCGAAAAAAAAGAGAAAAACUGGUUUAAAAGCAAGAAAAAAAAAAAAAAAAAAUCAAUACGAAGAGAGACGAUUAUUACUAACGAAAAUGGUUUCAAUGUAUUGUGCAAAAGAGAGGGGGAAAAAUUUGAAAAAAGAAGAAAAAACGCAACAAAAAUGUUAGGACGGCAAAGAAGUGGAAAGUAAACAAGAGAGCAAGAGUAUAAGAAAGAAAUAAAACUAAGAUUUCGAAGAACAUGGAUUUGACAAGAACAGCAAAAACCACAAAAAAAUUGUAGGAAAUUGUGUAAACGAGAUAAAGAGAGGAAAAAAAAAUGAAAAAUCUUUUAUUCUUACAACGAGAGUAAAAAAAACACACGCAGCUUAUAGAGGAAACGGAAAAAGAGUAAAUGAAAAAAAAAAACAGAAAAAUAAUUGAAUAAUUUUGAAAAUUCCACCCCUCGUGUGCGUGAGUGUGUGUGUGUGUGUGUAUGUGUUUGCGCCCGCGUGUAUGCAAACAAAAGUUCCGUGCUCAGAACGAAGAGAAUCGUUCGAGAUCGCUUGUUUUAUUGUCUUGAAAGGGCUGCUUUUUCGCUUUCCUCGAACACGUUUUUUU